CAAUACAUACCCUAUAUAAACCUGUAUGUACCAUAUAUAGUUUUAGAAAAGAAUCCUAUCUAUUAUCUGAUCCAAAACCUAAAGUUUAUACAAGAAUCUUUGUAAUAUAUAUAUGAUCUGCAUAUUAUAAAUUGUUACAGAUUGAUUUGAAGAAAAUGGGUGAUCCAGAAAUGAAGCUGCUUGGAUUGUGGUGCAGUCCAUAUAGUAAAAGAGUAGAGAUUGCUCUAUGUUUGAAAGGUUUAGCAUAUGAUUAUAUUGAAGAAGAUGUACAAAACAAAAGUCCAGAGCUUUUAAAGUAUAAUCCAGUGCAUAAGAAAGUUCCUGUUCUUGUACGUGAUGGUAAGCCUGUUGCGGAAUCAUUAGUGAUUUUGGAGUACAUUGAUGAAAUGUGUAAAGAUAAGCCUUCAAUCUUACCUGAACACCCUUAUGAAAGAGCUAUGGCGCGUUUCUGGGCUAGAUUCAUUGAUGAGAAGUGUCUACCUUCAAUUUGGAGAGCCUUUUGGGGACCUGAAAAUGAGCAAGAAAGUGCUGGAGAAGAAGCAAGGAAUAACUUGAAAAUACUAGAAAAAGAGCUCAAAGGGAACAAAUUCUUUGGAGGAACAAGCAUAGGUUAUCUUGACAUAGUUGCCAAUUUUAUUGCAUAUUGGCUUGAUGCUAUUCAAAAAGCUGCUGGAAAAGAAAUUCUUACCAAAGAGUUAUUUCCAUUACUAAGCAAAUGGAAGGAUGAUUUUGUUGCAUGCAAAGUUGUCAAACAAAAUCUUCCACCUUGGGAACGACUUGUUGCAUACUACCAAAUUCGUAAUGAAGCUGCUAAGGCUGCUAGACGUUGAAGCCAAAUUUGGCAAUUAAGUAUCUCAUCGCGCUAAUUAAGCUGAUCAUCCAUAAACUUUGCAUUUGCUGUAAAUUUUCGCAGCAAAUUGCUUGUACGUACAAAAAAAAUUCAGUGUUCCUCUUGAGUUCA